AUGAAAGUGACGGUGUGCUUCGGGUCGGUGCGGGUGGUUGUACCGUGCGGCGAGGGAGAGAUCCUGGUGCGGGACCUUAUACACAAAGCUACCAUCCGCUACAAGAAGGCUACAGCUAAGGUAAGACUGUUGCCCCCCCCCCUGAUAGUUCACGCCCAGCAGGUCAAUCAAGUACCAGUAGAUUGUCCCCCCAGCAGUAGAUCCCUCACCCUCAGUACAGCUCAGUACCAGUGGGUGUCCCCCAGCAGUAGAUCACUCACCCUCGUACCAGUAGAUUGUCCCCCAGCAGUAGAGCACACACCCUCAGUACCAGUAGGUUGUCCCCCAGCAGUAGAUCACUCACCCUCACCCCCAGUACCAGUAGGAUUGUCCCCCAGCAGUAGAUCACACACCCUCAGUACCAGUAGAUUGUCCCCCAGCAGUAGAUCACACACCCUCAGUACCAGUAGGUUGUCCCCCAGUAGAUCACACCCUCAGUACCAGUGUUGUCCCCCAGCAGUAGAUCACACACCCUCAGUACCAGUUGUCCCCCAGAGUUGUACCCCCAGCAGCACACAGUACCCCACCACAUCAGUACCAGUAGAUUGUCCCCAGCAGUAG